GCUACAUGUUAUAAGUGCGUACCCAAGAUGGCAAGCUUGCGACUUCAACAUGGUGUCGUGGUGCGGAUGGUUGUGUCGGGCAAGCUGGCGAGCUGAACCUCGGCACCAACGAUUGCUCCUCCCACCUCUGCCUCCGAACGCCACGCAGGCGCAUCGUCUCGAUACUUCACAUCAACACACGGGCUCAUGUCAUAUCUACUGCACGGUAGCACUUCGCACACCGGGAUGGGCUGGGUUGAUCAGGUCCCUCGAGCUGGGAAGCUUUACAUUGGCGGCUUGUACGCGCUCUACCAAACCGAUCUAAUACGCGCAGCUGGUAUUACGCAUGUGCUGUCCGUUAUCGACUACGACCCUUUGCUCCAAGACAAAUUUUCGCAUCUGAAGCACCUACAUAUCCGAGCAGACGACCAUCCCAACGAAGAUCUACUUCAGCACCUUCCGGAAGCAGUGCGCUACAUCGAUCAAGGGCUGGGAGAAUUCAGGAACGCCAAGGCGGUCGAGAACACUGGGGCUCAGGAUGCAAAUGAUGAUGCAGGAGGUGUAUUCGUGCAUUGCGCUAUGGGCAAGUCGCGAUCGGCUACCCUAGUGGUAGCAUAUUUGAUGUGGAGGUACCGGAUCGACGCGGAGACAGCCCUGCGCCAGCUGUGUGAAGGCAGGCCUGUUUGCGAUCCGAAUCCGGGGUUCAAAGAGCAAUUGCUGGUGUGGGAACAGAUGUGCAAGAGCCAGACCGAUGCAGAAAGACAGGCGAUAUACGAUGAAUGGGAAAAGACAAGAUUCAAAGGAGAGUACUGGGAAUGGGACAAACGGGAUGAGGCGCUGAAGGCUAAGCUGUGAACGUCUUCGGAAUUGACCAAAGGCUGGCUGCACGCAUACCCUGGAUGCACAUCAAUCCAAAUUGCUGCCUGACACGGUCGGCAAAGUUGCUGUUCAUAAAGUCAAUGAUGCCGGUCUGCACAAUGAGAGGGAUUUCAACGUCUUUAGACAAGGCAUAAGUGUUUCAGCUGU